UUCUGGAGAAGCUGAGUUUGGUACAUUCCUCUCUUGCUCUAUCUAUCGCCCUAGACUCCAAUUCAAGCCACACGCACUUAUAAUUUCCAUCUCCUCUCACCUCACCUGAAUUAGAUUUCCCACCUGCACUGAAAAUUCACAACAAGAAAGAAAAUGGAAAAAGAGGCGAAGAAGGAAGCUUUUAGGAAAUAUUUAGAAUCUAGUGGAGUUCUUGAUGCUCUAACCAAAGUCCUUGUUGCACUAUAUGAGCAGAAUGACAAACCCUCCUCUGCUGUUGAGUUUGUCCAACAGAAGUUAGGUGGUCCAACUGUGUCUGAAUAUGAAAAGCUACAAGCUGAAAUGUUAGAUCUGCAAAUAAAGUAUAAUGAGCUCUUGGCAGCGCACCAAGAGACCUGCAGACAGUUUGAGGAAAUUAAAAACUCAUCUACCACAACAUCAUCCAAGGAAACCAUUGAUGAGGAGGCGCCAAAGGAUGGACUAUGAAAAGUGGAGACAAAGCCUUAAACUUAUGGAGUGAUACUAGAUGAAACCUUCAUUUCUGGUUGAACAAUGAAGCAUUGUGAUUGGUUGAGUGUUGUAUUGAUAGUCUGCACCAAGAAAUUCAAGUAGGAAAUCGAUAUACCAAAUAUGAUUUUUUUUUUUUUUUUUUUUUUGUGGGUGUAUUUUUAUCCUUGCACGAUGAUUGUUUUUCAUCAAAGCAUGCUUUACUUCUUUCUUCA